GAACAGCCUGCGCACACAGACGCCCUCCCUCCCUGCGGGGGCCGAGCCCACGGAGUCGGAUGCUCUGUCCUCCCCCAGCAACUCUCCUGUGGGCUUUGUCCUCGACACCCAGCCGCAGACGGCUGACCUGGGUGGAGGGCUGCGGGGAAGCAGCGGCCCGUCUCUGGGGCACGAGGUGGGGAAGGCAGGCUGCUGCUCAGGGCGCCAGAGACCCCAGCCAGCCUGCCUCCUCCUUACAGGGCAGCCCAGGCUGGAGCCACCAACCGGCUACUGGCCGGUCAGUGAGCAACCGUCCAGCCUCUGGGCCCGCUCGCCACUUGGCCAAGGGAGGAGGAGUCCCCACUGUGGGGAAGGGUGCGAACCACCCGCAGAAAGCUGCCACACGUCCUCUGUGGUCAGAGCCACAGGGUGGCCGGGGUCAGAGAAGAAGCCCCGCUGCGCACUGGCCAGACGCAGCGUGCACAGGCCCCGCCUGCUGGUUGCGCUUUUACGGAGUGGGAGCCCCCCCGGGCGAGGAGAGGGCUCCCGGCACAGGGAAGGCACCCUUCCUGCAGCUGGGGGAUAGGCCUUGUGUUUGGCGGCAGGAGGGCUGCGGGUGACCUGGGUGCUGGGCGGGAGGCGGGGAAUCACGGGAGGUGGAGACACUCUCCCCCAGGCCCCUGCGUGCCGGCGGAGCAGACGGAAGGAGAGGGCGGGAUGCCCCGAGUCAGCGGCGCUUCCCAGCCCACCCCUGGUGCUGACGACAGAGGCAGACCCCUCGGGAAGCAGGCAACGUGGAAGAGGGGCACUGGGGCACCCCCAGCAGACCAGCCCCGAGCCCGCUCCGGGCAGGCGCGAAGAGGUGCCGGCAAGGCCGCCCAGGGCCCAGCUCCGGCGCGCCUCCCCUCGCUUGGUCCCUGGCUUCCUCUCCUUCAGAUAAACACUGGCCUCCCCUUGGAAUAUUGAUCUCUCCAGCUCCUUCGUCCUGAUUGGCUGGUAAGGAGGCCUCCCCACUCUCCACACCUGUCUCUCCCCUCCGCGGCUACCCAUCCAGACGAGAGCGGACAAGCCGGCCCAGGGAGGAGUGGCUGCGUCUGCUCACCCAGGGCCCUCCGCCCACAGGCCCCAGCGCAGACCCUGCGUUCCCCUCCCCAGCAGCCCUGGUCUAGGUCACUGAGGCUCGGUGACCUUUGCGUGACCAUGUGACACUGGCUCUGUGUGAUGGUGGGGGGCUUCCAGAGAACUGCCAGGCAGAUGGGCCCCCAGGGCCCUUCCGGGUACCCUGUCUGGAAUAAGUCCCUCUUUGGCGAGGGCAGGGUUCAGCUCUCCCCUAGUACAGAAGGGGUGGCAGACACUCCACCCCAUCUCUGAACAGGACUCAGACCCAGUUUCCCAGGGCCUCUGUCCCCACAGGGAAGGGGAGGGAGAGAGCAGAGGAGGGCGGCAGCCAGGGGCAGGGGGAGCCUUCGGAGGUGGGGACGGCAGACACAGGGACCAGGUAAACAACUCCCCCACCCCGAGUUCAGGGGUGCUUCCCCCCAGAAGCAGGAGAGCGGCUCCGGUGUGUGCGCAGCCGUGUGCGCCCGCCUCCCUGUGUGCGCGCCUGUGUGUGUGCCUGUCGCUGUCAUCAGGAUGUUCCCCCGCUGUCACUCCCCUGCUCUCUGCUCCGCACACGCACUCCCCCUCCCCGCCUUCCCCUCUCUGCGGCUCCCUCGUCCCUCCCUCUCCUCCCCAGUGUGUCAUUGACCCAGCAGCCCCGUCCCCUUGGCGGAGGCGGCCGCAGGCGUUCCUCUCGCUGCCGCCGGUACGCUGCGUGCCAGGUCCUGCUCGGGGGGCAGGCGAUCAGGGACUCAGUGCCGCCCGCCACGCUCUGCUCACGGCGCUGCCUGCUUUCUCCAGGAGUCCCGGGAGGGGCUCACUGGACGGCGCAGAGCGACUGGAUUCUAGGAGCUUGUUUGGAUGAAGAGUCUUCUUGCAGGAGGUGAUGUGGUCAGCAUCCGCCCCUACCCACGCCGCCCAGGGCUCCGCCAUUCCCUGGCUUAGCCUCUCGGGAGGUGCGAGGGUCUACGGGAGAGAAGUGGCCCAGCCAGGGCUUCUCCAACUUGACUGUGGACAUGAACGGCCUGGGACCUUGUAAGAAGCAGAGUCGCAUCCAGUCGGCCAGGCCUGGGGGUAGGAACUUCCUAGGUGGGAUGGAGCACAGUGCCCACCCGUCUGUCCUGGGGGGCACCCAGCUCCCUUUAGCUCCCCAGCCUCCUGACCCAACUCAGCCCAGCAGUGGAGGCUGGGGACCCGCUGGGUCUGUCCUUCUGUGUCCCUGCCCCCCGGGACCACGAUGGGAGUGCCCUCAAGGCUGUGGGGCCUAGAGACUGCAAACCCCCCACCUCAACUCUUUUCUGUCCCCCAUUCUCCACCCUCAGUGGGGACUUCCCUCCCAGACAGUGUUAAUUUAUUCCAGCGCCUGCCAGCAGCUGCUCUCCUGGCCUCCUAAUGUAGGUCACCCUUCUCCCAGUGAGGCUCGAUGCUUCUGGGGGCAGGAAGGGGUCUUUGGGUCGGAGGUGGGCUGGGAGGCAGAGGGCCCAGGAGCUAGGACGUGCUGGGCCCCGUAUCCCCCAAGGGGCACUUCCAUGGUGACCAGAGAGCACAGACCUGAGGGGCCUUGUUUUCAUCAUGUUUCUCCAGAGAUCCCAGGGCCACCCCCUCCAGAUGAUGCCUCUGGGCCUGGCUGGUUUUGUGCAGGUGACAUCAUUUGAGGCUAGGGAUGGGGUGCCAGGACCCGCACUCAAGGCCACCUUCUCCACAGACUGGUGCUCACUCUGGAGACUCUGCAGGAGCCCCUGAGCUGAUGCGGUUCACAGACCUGCAGGUGGAAGACGGAGCUCGACUGCUCACCUCCCAGGGAACCGUGGUGGGGACGCAGGGGGCCGCCCGGAGGCCAGAGCGGGACCUGGGCCUCACCUGCCCCCCGACGGCCGCCCCCAUGCACGGCCUGGUCUCUGCCUCCUCCUCGGGGGCCAUGGACUGACCCAUCGGUCCGAGGGGCUCCUCUGUCCCCAGAGGUGCGGGGCCUGCGAGCCUGCGAGCCUGCAGCCACCAUGCUGGCCCCGGACAGCGGCCCUGAGCGGAGGACCCGGCUCGCCCUGCAGUGGAGGCAGAUCUCCUGGCUCACCUGCUGGGCCGCCCUGUGCGCGGCGGAGGCCCUCCCCGCCUGCCCUUUCUCCUGCACCUGCGACGGCCGCAGCCUGGAGGUGGACUGCAGCGGCCUGGGCCUCACCACCGUGCCCCCAGACGUGCCCGCCGCCACCCGGACCCUCCUGCUCCUGAACAACAGGCUGAGCUCCCUGCCCAGCUGGGCCUUCGCCAACCUGUCCAGCCUGCAGCGUCUGGACCUAUCCAACAACUUCCUGGACCAGCUGCCGCGCUCGGUGUUCGGGGACCUGGCGAACCUGACGGAGCUGCAGCUGCGCAACAACAGCAUCCGGGCGCUGGACCGGGACCUGCUGCAGCACUCGCCGCGGCUGCGCCACCUCGACCUGUCCAUCAACGGCCUGGCCCAGCUGCCCCCCGGCCUCUUCGACGGGCUCCCGGCCCUGCGCUCCCUAUCGCUGCGCGCCAACCGCCUGCAGAGCCUGGACCGCCUGACCUUCGAGCCCCUGGCCAGCCUGCAGCUGCUGCAGGUGGGGGACAACCCCUGGGAGUGUGACUGCAACUUGAGGGACUUCAAGCACUGGCUGGAGUGGUUCUCCUACCGAGGGGGGCGCCUGGACCAGCUGGCCUGCACCCUGCCCAAGGAGCUGCGGGGGAGGGACAUGCGCGUGGUCCCCGUGGAGAUGUUCGACUACUGCUCCCAGCUGGAGGACCAGAGCAGCUCGGCCGGGCUGGACGUCCCGGGGCCGCCCUGCACCAAGGCCAGCCCAGAGCCUGCCAAGCCCAAGCCGGGCCCUGAGCCCGAGCCGGAGCCCAGCACCGCCUGCCCACAGAAGCAGAGGCCGCGGCCGGUGAGCGUGCGGCGGGCGGUUGGCACAGUGAUCAUUGCGGGGGUGGUCUGCGGCAUCGUCUGCAUCAUGAUGGUAGUGGCCGCCGCCUACGGCUGCAUCUACGCCUCCCUCAUGGCCAAGUACCACCGGGAGCUCAAGAAGCACCAGCCCCUGAUGGGCGACCCGGAGGGCGAGCACGAGGACCAGAAGCAGGUGUCCUCUGUGGCCUGAGCGCCCUGGCAGGAGGGGCCGGGGAGCAGGCCAGCCCUCCCUCCGCCUCCCUCCCUUUCCACUUUCCUCCCAGCCUGCCGGCACACGGGCCACGCCUGUCUCCGUGACCUCCCGAGUCUUUGGGAGCCACCACUGGGCUCACACCCCUCUCUUGGCCACUGAAGCACUGGACCACAGGGCAGAAAGGAUGUGUGUGUGAGCAGAGGCUCCUGGACCCAGCGCCCCCAUGCCCCUCUGGCCCCGGGUGUGAUCACGCCUGGAUAUGCUCUGACCUGUGGCCCUACCCACCCUGUCUGCAUUUAGGGGGUGGGGAUGGAGUGGCGUGGAGGUUGGGCCGCUUCUGUAACUCUCUCCUAAGCCGGAAAGACGUUGGGUCCAGCCUCCAUCUGCUGGGACUCACGUGCAGUCAGACCAGCCCUGCCAUCUGGACCCAGCACUUGGAAACACUCCCUCGCCAAAGCCGUCUGUCCGUGUCCCCGACCACAUGGCUCCGGGACCACUGAUCACCCUCACACAAACUCAGCUCACCACACGCACAACCACAAGGGGACAGAGGUCUGGGGCCUCGGGGAGCAGAGCCAGGCACCCCCUGGGUCUCUGUCCAGCCCUCAGACCACACAGCCUCCUGCUGGCUUGUGAAUCUUCUCCAGCCAACGGGGAGGAGCCCGAACCCACAGCACAAGAAUUCCUUUCAAAGCCUCUCAGGAGGCCCCGGGGUGCCGCUGGAGGAGGCUGCCGUCACCAUGGUAACCCGCUCACACGUCUCCUGCUGGGAUUUCCAGGGACACCGGCCCAGGGGCCUCGAGGCUGCGGUGUAUGUGGACAGCAGCCUCCCAAGGGCCCACCACAUACCACGCCUGUAGCCUGCAGCCCCAGAACCGCCGCUCUGCACUGCUCACCGCCCCCUACUCCAACCCCACAUCCCUGAGCCUGUGACCUUGUGCAGGGACUGGGUCGUGCUCUGUGACUGGUGGCACCCUAGCGGAAGCUCACUGCCUGCCGACCUGUCCCAAACAGGCCCCAGAAGCAGGGAAAGGACCUCGAAUUCUGCUCAGACGCAUCAGUAAUUGGGUCCCUUUCUCAGCGCUUUGUCAGCUCAGCCUGGCUUCCCAGAAUCCUUCAUGACACCUGGACUGGGGCCCAAACCAGAGCAUAGGCCGGGGGGCCCACCUGCCCUUUAUCUGUAACCCACACUAAAGGGACAGAGAUACGUGCUUGCAGGGCUAGGGGGCGGGCGAGCUAUGCAGUGGGGGGCGGUCACUAGUAUCCUUUCCUAGCUCUGCCCCUUCUGGUGAGUGUGACCUCGAGUGAGCCCUGGGCUCCCUCUGCAGGGGACACCUUCCAGGGACACAAAUUUCCCCCUGGCUGACAGAGGGUCGGGGGCAUCAGGCUGGUUUCUGGCUCUGGGACGGAGGUCUUGAGGUGGGGGCCGGGGGAGGCCACCAGAACACACGUCUGAGGCAGGACAGGGAGGGGGAGCUGGGCACAGGCUGCCCACCAGGCUGGCCCAUAGUCCCCCUUCUUUUGGGGUGCCGGCUGACACCAGAUCUGGGUAUUGUCUGAAGGGAGCUGGGGAAGGCUGGGCAUUGUCAACAGUGGUGUCUCCAGCCUGGGACAGAGAUUUUUAAAGGCAAAACUAUAUUUCUGGCUUGUUGUUUCAGAAGACCAAUAAAGACUGUAUUUUCCUA